GUUAUAUAUCCAGCGGUGUGUUGUGAGUAUGCGCAGUUAGUAUCAUCUCGAGGGAAGUCCUAACCAAGAACAAGAAAAAAAAACAUGGCGACUUCUCAUAUUUGUUCUUGUUUUGGGAACCUCAGACCUCGGUAUAAACGUCUAGUUGACGACAUCUUUCCUGCUGAUGCGCGGAGUGGACUGGUGAAGUCAAAUAUGGACAAACUUAUAUUUUACGCGCUUUCUUCGCCGGAGAAAUUGGAUCGGAUCGGAACGUACUUGGCGAGAAAGUUAACAAGAUUUGUGGAUCGUAAACGAUAUGAUUUCGUUAGAAUUGCAAUGGAGGCUUUAGAUCUUUUACUCAUGGCAUGCCAUGCUCCUAAUUUGAACUUAUUUGUGGAAAGUUUUUUGCGAAUGGUGCAAAAAUUAAUUGAAUGUCCUGAGGUGGACUUGCAAGUGUUGGGUACAGCGUCAUUCGUAAAGUUUGCUAAUAUCGAAGAAGACACUCCUUCGUAUCAUCGCCGUUAUGAUUUUUUCGUCUCAAAAUUCAGCUCAAUGUGCUGGUACAACGGCAAAGAUGAAGAAGAGAACCUUAAAGUACGAAGAGCCGGGUUGAAAGGUCUCCAAGGUGUCGUUAGGAAAACAAUUAGUGAUGAUUUGCAAGUCAAUCUUUGGGAUAAUACUCACAUGGCCAAGAUUGUGCCAUCGCUGUUGUUUGUAUUAGAAGAACGCCAGAAACAGCGUCCAAGGAAAGAAAGUGGGGAAUACACAAGCUCUUCCGAAGAAGACCCUACUCAUCUAGCAGAAUCAUGCCUUAGAGAGCUAAUGAGUCGAGCAAGUUUUGGCAACAUCAAGGCGGUAAUAAAUCCGUCCUUGCAUCACCUAGAUGUUAGUGAGUUAUGGGAGCCUAGUGAUUUUGCUUUGCAAGUUUUCAAGAUAAUUAUGUAUUCUGUACAAAACCAGUACAACCAUGUGGUUAUUCAAAUGCUGUUAAAUCAUCUGGAUCACUGUGCAAAAGAUUCUGCAAAGAAGAAGACAGGAAUUGUCAGUGUUUUGUCAGCCUGUGUCCGACUUGCCUCAGGAGUUUCCAUUGGACCUGCAGUUCUUGAGGUAUUUAACACACUCCUUCGUCAUUUGAGGUCCUCAGUUGAUGCUAGAUUUGAUUCCAAAGUAUCAAAUUCUUGUGAUGAGGAUGAAAAGGUGUUUGAAGAGUCUUUGGUCAGCACUAUUGGAGCAUUUGCAUCUAUUUUACCUGAUUAUCAGAAGAAUGACAUCAUGAUGUUUAUCAUGGGAAAAUUCCCUACACAAGGGCAAGAUCUUAGUAAUUCAGACACACGCACAGUCAUGAGACUGUCAGAGAGUGACACAGCACUGCAAAAAAUGCUUCUGCACAGCCUUCUUGAAGUUUCAAAGAGCUUCAACCCAACUUCACUAUCUGCUGCCUUUUCUUCUUCCUUCUUUGAGGCAAUUUUCCAGGCAACUAUUGUUGAGGAUCCAGAAGUGCGACGACUAGCCCUGGAAGUAAUUUAUACAUUAAUUGAUCGCCAUGGUAACCUACCCAAGCUGGGACUCGAUGGCAUGUUGAAACGUGGGCAAGAGAUUGAGCUGAAAACAGAGAAAUGUACGAAGCAGGAUUUGAUGUUCUUCAGGAAGUACGAUGAUAAAAUCCUGUGGUAUUUGUAUGAGAGUGCUUGCAUGAGAACUAACAAAGUCAGCAAUAUAUUUGGUAUUUACCUCACACUUGCAAUCCUGAGUACUGAGUUGAGUGAGUCAGAAGUCAUUUCUCAGUUAAUUUUACUAGUCUUUGGACUUCAGAAUGCAGCUCAGAAAGAGGAAUAUCGCCUUUCAAGCGGGGUUCGUUGUGCUAUUCAUGCUAUGRCAGCAGCUCAUCUCCACCUUGCAGCACAGCUCCUCAGACUCAGCUCACUUGGAAACCAUGUAACUGAAGUAAUUUACUUUAGAGAGAAGGAAGCAAGUUAUUUAGUACCAGAGAAGGGUUUCUCUGCUGAAAAUAUUCAGCUUUCCACUACAAUCUUCUCAAACCACUUGAUGUUCAGUCUUGCAAGGGUGCAGGAUAGCCUUCGUAAGGCAGACGCCAACCUAAAGAACAUCCGUGGUUCCUAUGAACACAAAUCCUAUAACGAAAUGUUGUCACAAAGCUCAGCUCCUGAAAUCAAUGCUUCAUCAGUCUCUAGUGCUGAACUAGACACCCACCCAUCAUCCACCGGUCUGCGUCCACUGACACCCAAAGAAGACAUCACCUUCCAAAUGCUGAAGGACAUCGUAUCAGACAGAUCACCUCCGAAUCAAGUGAAUGAAGAAAAAGAUUUUAAAGAGGUUACCUUUACAGAGAUUGCUGACGAUGCAAGUUACAGGUUAAGAGAAUUUAACAGUAAACUUGACAACGUAUUGGAUGUAAGUAGUACCCCAAGAACUCUCAGCUGUUUGAGCAUUUCAACGAUAAGCAUCUCAUCUAUCCCCGGAGAAGAUACCUUUGAGAUUAAGUAUCCUGAACAGUAUGUAUACUAAAUAUCAUAAAUUAGAAUAAAUUCAUAUUAAAUAGCAAGACAGUUCAUGGUUCUGACUCACAGGAUAGUGAACCAGUUACAAUAUAGCAGCUCUCUUCACAGUGUAAUUAAUACUACAUCUGUUUUUGGACUGCUACGUUAAUUUUUCUUGCGCUAUCAAAGAAUAGUAAAAUUAAAAUAGAACUCUUUUCGUAAUCAGAAUUUUU